AUAACAGAACAAACUUAAAGAAAUGCUCUAAUGAACCUCUGCCCAUUCUCCCCCUUCUUCUCCAUUCCUCCACCACCAUACUCACUGUUACUUCUCCUUCUUUAAUCCGACAAUGAACCCAUUUCGCAUUUCCAUACGAAUACCCACAAUUGCAAAUCUAAAUUGUAUCCACAAAACCCGAAAUCUCUAGAUCUGCACAACAAAUUCAAUGAGGUCAUGUUUGUUUCCAUUUCAAUGCAUUGAAUCACGAAAUUUCACAAUGAAGUUAUCAUCUUGUUCUGGGGUUUCUCCCACGGAUUGAAUCCAUUUGGGAAAUUUGAGGUAUUGGGGGAAGAAAUCAAUGACGAGUCCGUCAUUGGAUGCACGAUCAUCGAGUGUUGAGUGUUUAGGUUCGUUGGUGGUACGACCUUCAAGUUACGGGAGUUCACAAAACGGAGGAUUGGUAUUACAGCAACAAAUGAAUCAACCAAUUCCACCCUCUAAGAAAGCUUCGAAGAUGUUUGUUAAUAAAGAGAAGGAUAAUGCGUUCCUUUGGAUCUUUAAAUUCGCUCCUCGAAAGAAGGUUGGAAUGCUGCUCUUGUCUCUUGCUUCCUUCGCAGCUAUGUUAUGGAUACUUUAUAUUGCCAAAGGUGAAUUUAACCAGAACAAUUCAACUGUAAGAUUUUCUCAAUAUUCUUCAUCAAAUAGUGGUCAAGAGCUUAAUUCUGCAUUAGCAAAUGAUCAAAUGAAGAUUACAGUUAGUCAUGAUGAUAACUUUGUUAACCACCACCCUCCUCCACCACCGCCCAUCGCCACCCACCCUCCUCCUCCACCACCACCUAUCACCGCCCUCCCUCCUCCACCACCUGUUUAUUUCACCGGAUACGCCCUUCCUCCCCGACAUCCUUGUAAUACCUUCACAUUACCUCCUCCACCAGCCGACAAGAAAAGAACUGGCCCUCGACCUUGUCCAGUGUGUUACCUUCCAGUAGAAGAAGCUAUUUCUUAUAUGCCAAAAGCACCAUCUUUUUCACCUGUUCUUCAAAAUUUAACUUUCAUUCAUGAUGAAAGUUUUACCAAAAGUGAAUUUGGAGGCUCAGAUUUUGGUGGGUAUCCUACUUUAAAACAAAGACAUGACUCUUAUGAUGUAAAAGAAUCAAUGUCUGUGCAUUGUGGAUUUGUGAGAGGAGAUAGGCCUGGACGCAAGUCAGGAUAUGAUAUUGCUGAUUCAGAUCUUCUUUUAAUGGACACGUGUCAUGGAAUUGUGGUUUCAUCUGCAAUAUUUGGGGCUUAUGAUUUGAUUCAACAACCGAAGAAUAUAAGUGAAACUGCAAAACAAAAUGUGUGCUUUUUCAUGUUUGUUGAUGAAGAAACAGAAAAGUUUUUGAGGAAUUCAGGUCAUUUGGAUGAUAGCAAAAAGAUUGGAUUGUGGAGAGUUGUUGUUAUCUACAACCUCCCUUACACUGACCCAAGGCGCAAUGGGAAGGUUCCAAAACUUCUAUCACAUAGGCUUUUCCCAAAUGCUAAGUACUCUAUAUGGUUGGAUGGGAAACUUAUGCUUAUGGUUGACCCUUAUCAAAUCCUUGAAAGGUUUUUGUGGAGGGAGAAUGCUAGUUUCGCUAUAUCUAGACAUUAUAAACGGUUUGAUGUGUUUCUAGAAGCUGAAGCUAAUAAGGCGGCUGGGAAGUACGAUAAUGCUUCCAUUGACUUUCAGAUUGACUUUUAUAAACGGGAAGGCUUAACGCCGUAUUCUUCCGCCAAGCUUCCUAUUAGAAGUGAUGUGCCAGAAGGAUGUGUUGUAAUACGUGAACACAUUCCGAUUUCCAAUCUUUUUACUUGUCUUUGGUUCAACGAAGUUGACCGGUUUACUUCUCGAGAUCAAAUUAGCUUUUCCACGGUUCGGGACAAGAUCCGGUCCAAGACUAAUUGGACCGUUAACAUGUUUUGGGACUGCGAAAGGCGAAACUUUGUAGUUCAGGGAUACCAUCGAGAUGUUUUGGAGCAUUGGGCGCCGCCGCCACCACCACGGCUUUCUGGUGCACCGGUCCUUUUCAAUAUUACUGAUAAUAAACUACAAAAAAGAUCGACGGAAAACGUUGUAAGUAAUUCGAGAAAAACACCGUCGACAAAACGCCGUAAAGAGAAAAGAUCAAGUUCGAGGCGACACCGGAAAAUUGACCCGGGGAAUAGAAACGCCACCAGUCGAAGUCGGAAUUACAUGUAAGCAAAAGGAUAUAUCAUUCUUUUGAUCCCUGUUUAGAAUAUUAAUUUUUGGGCUCAUACUUUUUUAUGUUUUUUUUUUUUUCUUUUUCAUUGUUUAGAUUU